UGACAUAGAAAAAAUCUCGAUAUUAUUGUGAUUUUUGUGGUUCCUUAAAUAUUUUGCGAUUAAUUACAAAUCAAUUCGGUCGGGAAUCUAAGUAGUAGAAACUAGGAUUCAGUGUACCUAUACAUUCUUUUAUAAGUGCAUAAUUAUACAAGUGCUACUAAAAUGCUCGUGAACAGCAUGUUACAAAGAUUAAACAGGCAAAUAGUAAUAUCGGUAAAUAACUACUUUUCUCCCAGCACACAGUCUGUUAGACUCAAGAAUACUAAAAGUGAUAUCAAUGAACACAGAGCUAAAAUCAUGGGUCGUGGGUUACCAGAGAAGAAGCCACUGCCCGGUGUCAAAAAUAUAAUAUUAGUAGCGUCAGGUAAAGGUGGAGUAGGGAAGACAACCACGGCAGUAAAUUUGGCAUGUGCAAUGAAGGUCAUAGAGCCAGAUAAAGAAAUAGGGCUGCUGGAUGCAGAUGUGUUUGGUCCAUCAGUGCCCCUCAUGAUGAACAUCUCUGGAGAGCCCAUGUUGAAUGAUGACAAUCUCAUAGAGCCUAUUCUCAAUUAUGGUGUUAAAUGUAUGUCAAUGGGUCUCCUGGUGUCCGGCGAGAACGCCGUGGUGUGGCGCGGACUGAUGGUGAUGCAGGCGCUGGAGCGGCUGACGCGGCACGUGGCCUGGGGCCCGCUGCACUGCCUGCUGGUGGACACGCCGCCCGGCACCGGGGACACGCAUCUCUCGCUCGCACAGAACCUGCCUAUCGAUGGGGCAAUAGUAGUAACGACUCCUCAAUCAGCAGCCCUGCAAGUCACCAAGCGGGGCGUGAACAUGUUCGAGAAGCUCAAGGUGCCCAUCAUCGGCAUGGUCGAGAACAUGUCCCACGCUGUCUGCACCAACUGCGGUACAGUCAAUCACAUAUUCGGCAGCGAUACAAAACAAUCCGCGCAAGAUAUGGGCUUGGAAAUUAUAGAAAGCUUCGAAGUCGAUCAAAACAUGUCAGACUGCAUAAACAGUGGGAAACCGGCUAUUUAUGCCCUCCCUGACAGCAUACACGCAGAGAAGUACAGGCAGCUAGCGAACAAAGUGUACAGAUAUAUAGACGAUAAGGGGAAAGAGCGAGUGAAGGCAUCCGAGUAGAAAAAUAGAUUUAACUUCGCCUAUGACGUAGCACAAUGUUGUUUUUUUAUAUGUUUACCAAUAAAUACAUAACGUUA